AUGUCGCGGGAAGAGCCUCUUCUGGCACAGCGUCAAUCUUCCGAACGAUCCUCGAUCCGAUAUGCCGAGGAGGAAGAUGCCCUCCUGACGGGGGAAGCCACAGGGCGCAGGGAAGAGCCUCGACGUGGCUGGCGGUUCUGGAGGGAAAUUGGAAUGUUUGCUUGGGCACUUAUCGCUACAAUCCUCGUUAUUGUCCUUGCCGUUGUGUAUCAGCAUGAGGCAUCCAAGAGCCAACACCAACCGAAGGAUAGCUGGGGCCCUGGGGACAAACCUACUGGCAAACGCAACCUGAUCUUCAUGGUGUCCGAUGGAAUGGGGCCUACCAGUCUUUCCUUGACACGAAGCUUCCGUCAAUACACAGAAGGCCUUCCCAUCGACGAUACCCUGGUUUUGGACAAGCAUCACAUCGGCCAGUCCCGGACACGAUCGAGCAACAGCUUGGUGACGGACUCCGCGGCUGGAGCGACGGCAUUCUCGUGUGGAUACAAGAGCUAUAACGGAGCUAUUUCGGUGCUUCCGGAUCACUCGCCAUGCGGAACUGUUCUUGAAGCCGCUGCCCUAGCAGGAUAUAAGACUGGACUCGUCGUGACAACCCGCCUGACGGAUGCGACCCCGGCAUGCUUUGCCUCGCACGCCAACCUGCGACAAUAUGAAGAUAGCAUUGCUCAACAAGAGGUCGGCGAGCACCCUCUGGGCCGAGUUGUCGAUCUCAUGAUGGGUGGUGGACGUUGCCAUUUCUUGGCCAACUCCACGGAGGGAAGCUGCCGAGGCGAUGACCGAGAUCUUGUGGACCUGGCCUCGAAGAAUGGAUUUCACUAUCUGCAGAAUCGAACCGCUUUUGAUGCCCUUAAUGGCGGCACAGAAGUCAAGCUGCCGCUCCUGGGUCUCUUUGCCGACAAGGACAUUCCCUACGAGGUCGAUCGUCGUCACCAGAAUGAUGUCUACCCAUCUCUUGAGGAGAUGACUCGUACCGCGCUGACUGCACUGAGUGACGCAACUCGGGAUAGCGAUCAGGGCUUCUUCGUUAUGAUUGAAGGCUCUCGCAUUGACCAUGCCGGCCACGGCAACGACCCUGCUGCCCAGGUGCAUGAGGUUCUGGCCUAUGACAAGGCAUUCGCUGCUGUCCUCGACUUCCUUGAAAAGGAUUCCACCCCUGGCGUGGUUGUGAGUACAUCCGAUCACGAGACUGGAGGUCUGGCGGCUGCUCGACAACUACACAAGAGCUACCCUGAUUACCUCUGGUACCCGCGUGUCCUGGCCAAUGCCAAGCACUCCAGCGAAUAUGCUGGUAAUAAGCUGAAUGCGUACACAUCUGGCGAAGGAAAAGACAAGGGCAAUAAGGAGAAGGCUGCUUAUAUCCGCGAUACCAUUCUGAAGCAAGAUUUGGGUAUCGUCGAUGCCUCGGACGAGGAGAUUGAGUCUCUGAUCAAACCCGACGUCUCUACACAAUAUGUCUUCGCAGACAUGAUUAGCCGUCGGGCACAGAUUGGCUGGUCCACCCACGGGCACUCAGCUGCCGAUGUCAACAUUUACGCAUCAUCCGCCAAGAACGCUUGGCCAUUGACAGGAAACCACGAGAACAUCGAAGUUGGCAACUUCCUUGCGGACUAUCUCGACCUCGACGUCGGUGCUGUUACUAAGCGUCUCCAGUCUUCCGCCUACUGGACGACAGAUGCGGAGGAGUCUCCUGAUUUGGAGAAGUACAGCUGGAUGGGUGACCCUCUUGGCUCUGAUGUGCGAGUUGAUGGACUGGAUACCUACCACCACGAUUUUAGGAAGCGCUCUCUCACAGACUGUGGAUGUGGCGGUCUUCACUAA